UUCUUCGACUGAGCAUUUGUACUUGCUUUGCUCUGUGCCGAAGGCCUUGUUACCAAUUGUAUUGUAGGGUUUUUAAAAUUUCUUUUUUUUUUUUGAGACAGAGUCUUGCUCUGUUGCCCAGGCUGGAGUGCAAUGGUUUGAUUUCAGCUCACUGCAACCUCUGCCUCCCAGGUUCAAGCGAUUCUCCUGCCUCAGCCUCCCAAGUAGCUGGGACUAGUGCAUGUCGCCACGCCCCGCUAAUUUUUGUAUUAUUAGUAUUUUGUAUUAUUAGUAGAGACAGGGUUUCACCAUGUUGGCCAGGAUGGUCUCCAUCUCGGCCUCCCGAAGUGCUGGGAUUACAGGUGUGAGCCACCGCCCCCAGCCUAAAAUUUGUUUCAAUGCAUCAAUAACAAUGUUGUUUACUAAAAUAUGUGUGGAAAAGGUUUUAUGGUGUAUUAUUUUUGCUUUUCAUAUCUCCAGGCUACUUAAUUGAAGGUUUUAUUGAAAUAAGUCUAGAUUCACAAGCAGUCAUAAGAAAUAAUACAGAAAAAGCCCUGUCCAUAUUACCCAGGGUUCCGUCAUGAUUACAUUUUGUAAACUAUAGUAUAAUAUCACUCUAAUGAUAUUGACUCUUCUGUGUUCUGCUUUUAUAUAUUUCCCUAGUUUUGCUUGUAUUUACUUGUUGCAUGUGUGUAAGCCCUGAGUUUUAUGGGUUUGAUUUGUGGAUCUGUUGUGCAGUUGAGCCCUCAUUCAUUCACCUGCUUCUCUGCAGAUGGACACACAAGCAAUUGCCUUUGCACGAACAGGGACAAUCUUAAUUUCUGUUUAAGAUGAGAAAAUAUGGUUGGAGACACACUAAAACUUCUGUCUCCACUGAUGACAAGAUAUUUCUUUCUGCUUUUUUAUUCUACUGAUUCUUCAGACCUCAAUGAAAAUCAACAUUCUCUAGAUUUUGAUGAAAUGGCUUUUGGAAAAGUAAAAUCAGGGAUUAGCUUCCUCAUUCAGACUGGAGUUGGGAUCCUGGGAAAUUCCUUUCUCCUUUGUUUUUAUAACUUAAUUUUGUUCACUGGACACAAGCUGAGACCCAUGGACUUGAUUCUUAGCCAACUGGCCUUGGCUAACUCCAUGGUCCUUUUCUUUAAAGGGAUACCUCAGACAAUGGCAGCUUUUGGAUUGAAAUAUUUCCUGAAUGAUACUGGAUGUAAGUUUGUCUUUUAUUAUCACAGGGUGGGCACAGGAGUUUCCCUCAGCACUAUCUGCCUCCUCAAUGGAUUCCAAGCCAUUAAGCUCAACCCCAGUAUAUUCAGGUGGAUGGAGAUCAAGAUUAGAUCCCCAAGGUUUAUUGGCUUCUGUUCUCUCUUCUGCUGGGUCCUGCAUGUCUUGAUGAAUGCAUCUGUUCUUCUAUUAGUGAAUGGCCCACUGAAUAGCAAAAACAGUAGUGCAAGCAAUUAUGGAUACUGUUCUUACAAAGCAUCAAAGAGAUUUAGUUCAUUAUAUACAGUCUUAUAUUUUCCCGAUUUUAUGAGUUUGGGCUUCAUGGUCUGGGCCAGUGGCUCCAUGGUCUUCUUCCUCAGACACAAGCGGCAAGUCCAACACAUUCACAGCAACAGACUCUCCUGCAGACCUUUCCGUGAAGCCAGAGCCACACGCACCAUCAUGGUCCUGGUGAGCUCCCUUUUUGUUUUCUAUUCAGUCCAUAGUUUUCUGACAAUUUGGACAACUGUAGUUGCAAACCCAGGCCAGUGGAUGGUGAACAACUCUGUUCUGGCCUCAUGUUUCCCAGCACUCAGCCCUUUUGUCCUCAUCAUGAGUGAUACUCGUAUCUCUCAGUUCUGUUUUGCCUGCAGGACAAGGAAAACACUCUUUCCUAAUCUGGUUGUCAUGCCAUGAGUCUUUUCUCUUCAUGGAAUUCAGCUAUUCAUCACAACUCUUGCUAAGAUUUAGGAAAUAUUAAGUGCUAGUAAUUUGUGAUCGCAGCAUACACAUGGCCCAUAAUGCUCUUGUCCAGGAAGAUCUAAUACCAGAGCUAAAAAUGAAAAUCAUGGAUACUGUUACACAAAGAACACUCUGUGUUAAGUCCUUCAGACAAGUUCAGGAAAUCAAAAAAGGUUUAAAAAGGGAAUUCUUUAGUGUAGAGAUUUAGGGGAAAUUUCUCAUUUUUGUACUCUGAAGAAUCAUGGAAGGUUUUAAAAAUAUUUUUAAAGCACAGUUUGAUUCAGGUGCUUCUUGAACAGCAUAAAUCCCCUGGAGAGUCCACAUGUAAGAAAGACAUGUGCAGGCCGGGCACAGUGGCUCACGCCUGUAAUCCCACCAUUUUGGGAGGCUGAGGCACUCCCAAAUGCCUCAAGUGAUCCACUAAAGAUCACUUGAGGCCAGGAGUUCGAGACCAGCCUGGCCAACAUGGCAAAACCCCCGUCUCUACUAAAAAUACAAAAAUUAGCCCAGCAUGUGGCACACACCUGUAGUCCCAGCUACUCCAGAGGCUGAGGCAUGAGAAUUACUUACCAGCUUGGGUGACAGAGGGAGACUCAAAAUAAAAAUAAAAAUAAUUAAAAGUGGCUGGGAACAGUGGGUCACGCCUGUAACCCCAGCACUUUGAGAGGCUGAGGUAGGCAGAUCACUUGAAGUCAGGAGUUCAACAUGGUGAAACCCCAUCUCUAUUAAAAAUACAAAAAUUAGCCAGACAUGGUGGCAGAUGCCUGUAAUCCCAGCUACUCAGGAGACUGAGGCAGGAGAAUCCUUGAACCCAGUAGGCAGAGGUUGCAGGGAGCCGAGAUCACACCACUGCACUCCAGCCUGGGUGACAGAGCCAAACGCAGUCUCAAAAAAAAAAAAAAGAAAGAAAGAAAGAAAGCACCUCUGCACUCCAGCCUGGACAAUAGAGCAAGACUGUCUCAAAAAAAAAAAAAAAUUAAAAAUCAAUAUCAAAAUAAAUGAGUAUUCUCAUAAGCAAGACAAGCCUAAAGAAAUGUGAGUACUAACUAUAAUGUGGUUACAUUUAGAGACACAUGAAAAAAAAUAAAUAAAUAAUAAAAAAUAAUAAAAUAAAUGUAAUGUGGUAUCCUAGAUGGAAUUCUGGAACAGAACAUGUAUUUUGGUAAAAACUGAGGCAAUCUCAAUCAAAGAUGUACUUUAGUUUAAUAAUGUAUCAAAACUGUUUCACUAAUUGUAAAUAAUGCUGUAUACUAAUAUAUGACUAUAUAUUAGUGACAACUGGGUGUGCUUGUAAAUGAGAUAUCUCUGUACUAUAUUUGCAAUUUCUCUGUACAUCUAAAAAUGU